AUGAAACACGCAGUUGCCGUCUCUUUGCUCGCCGCCAUGGCAGUGCAGGGUCUUGUUAUCCCUCACUUUGAUAACAUCCCUCAGCAGUUCUCCCUUGUCAAACAGGCAAAGGAAGCCGCAAAGACCGAGUCGCCAGUUGUCAACCUGUUGGACGAGACCAACGCCAGUCCGCUGAUCACCACGCCAGUUGCAGUGGAGAACAUCAUUCCAAACUCCUACAUUGUCGUGUUCAAGUCCGGUGUCUCCUCAGACUCUAUUGACUUUCACAUGAGCUGGCUGCAAGAUGUGCACUCCCAGACCGUCAACGAGCUGGGACUGAGCCCAGAGGAGGCCUCUGCCCAGGGCUUCAAGUCUGACAUCCUCGAUUUGACUCACGUCUUCAAGAUUAGCGACUUCUUCUCGGGCUAUACCGGUGUUUUCCCAGAAGCUGUCGUUAACCUUAUCAGAAGACACCCAGACGUUGCAUUUGUCGAGAUGGACUCUAUGGUGUACGCCAACGAGGCUGAGACUCAGACAGGUGCUCCUUGGGGAUUGUCUAGAAUCUCCCACAGAGAAGCCCUCAGCCUUGGAAACUUCAAUCAAUACCUAUACGAUGACGUCGCUGGUGACGGCGUCACAGCAUACGUCAUUGAUACAGGUAUCAAUGUCAACCACAAGGACUUCGGCGGCAGAGCCAAGUGGGGAAAGACUAUCCCAACCGGUGACGAUGACAUCGACGGUAACGGUCACGGUACCCACUGUGCUGGUACCAUCGGCUCUGAGCACUACGGUGUUUCGAAGAACGCCAACCUUGUUGCCGUGAAGGUUUUGAGAUCCAACGGUUCUGGUUCGAUGUCUGACGUCGUCAAGGGCGUUGAGUUUGCUGCCAACGCUCACAUUGCUGAGGCUAAGCAGAAAAAGCCAGGCUUCAAGGGAUCCACUGCCAACAUGUCUCUUGGCGGUGGCAAGUCUCCUGCCUUGGACAUGGCAGUCAACGCUGCAGUCAAGGCCGGCUUGCACUUUGCCGUUGCCGCAGGUAACGACAACGCCGACGCUUGCAACUACUCACCAGCCGCCGCGGAGAAUGCUGUCACCGUGGGUGCCUCGACCUUGUCCGACUCGAGAGCCUACUUCUCGAACUACGGCAAGUGUGUGGACAUCUUUGCUCCUGGUCUCAAUAUCUUGUCUACCUAUAUUGGCUCCGAUACCGCAACUGCUACUCUCUCUGGUACUUCCAUGGCUUCUCCACACGUUUGUGGUUUGCUUGCUUACUACCUUGGUCUGCAACCAGAGAGCGACUCUCAGUUCGCCUCGUCAUCUGUUUCUCCAGCUCAGCUGAAGAAGAACAUCAUCAAGUUUGGUACCAAGAAUGCUCUUUCUGACAUUCCAGACGACGGCACUCCAAACGUCCUGAUUUACAACGGUGCAGGUAAGAACUUGACUGAGUUCUGGGACGCAGAUUACGAGUACGAGUCCGAGAGUUCUCUGAAGGUGGACCUGAACCGGGCUCUAGACAUUGCUUCUUCCGUGGAGAUCGACUUUGACGGCCUGAAGGAGAAGUUUGACGAGAUCCUCAACGAGGUUCAAAGUGAAGUGAAGUCUCUGUUGAACUAG